AGAGCAGUCGUGGAAUCAUCGUGAAUCAUUCACAAACAGACUGACGAAGAAGAAGCUUCUCUCUGUGUUUCCCAAUCCCAAUUACUCUCUAAUUAUAAUUUCUUCACAACAAUCAACCAAUUUUCUCCUCUUUCUUUAUUGACAUUUUAAUGGGAAUGAUCUCCCUUCUUCCUCACAAAUCAGCCGCAAGUCUUCUCCUUCUCCUCCUCUACUUUCUCCCCCUAUACAUGUGACAAAGCUGAAAGGUCCCCUACUUGUUGUAGACUCCAAUCAAGGGCUUUCUGUUUUUUUGGGUGAAAUUUCUUCUGGUUUUUUGUGUCGUUUGGUCUGGGGACGAAUAAUGCGGGCGCCAUCGUUGCUUGCGCAGUGCUGGCCUGGUUUGGUUCCUCAUGAUCGAGGAAGUCAGAGCAUUUCAUGGGUUUCUGAAAGAGAUGUCCACCUCUCAUCGCCAGCAGUUGAGAUUGUCCCUGCAAAGGCACAUCACACGGACAAGUUUGCCGUGGGGAAUGAUGAACAUGGGGAGAGUAUCUUCAAGGGUAGGAUUAGUGUUGCUGAUAUAAUCGGAUUCACGGGCUCUGACACAAUCUCGUCAAAACCAGAUGGGUCUAUGAAAUUUUGUGACAGCUCUAUCGAUCUGGUUAAUGUUCUCAAGAAUGAGAUCCGUGAUGGACAACUGAGCUUUAGAGGCAAGAGAGUUCUUGAGCUCAAUUGCAACUAUGGCCUUCCUGGAAUUUUUGCUUGCCUGAAGGGUGCCGCCACAGUCCAUUUUCAAGACUCGAGUGCUGAAACUGUGAGGUGUUCCACCAUUCCCAAUGUCCUGGCCAACCUCGAGCAAGCUCGUGAUAGACAAGCCCGGCAACCAGAUUCUCCGCUGACACCAUCGAGACACUCUCUUUCCCCAGCAGUCCACUUCUACGCUGGUGACUGGGAAGAGCUCCCGAGUGUGCUCUCUGUAUUAAGGAGUGAGACAUCUGAAGCAGCGACAACCACGGGGAUGAUGAACUUGAGCUUCUCUGAGGAAGAUUUCAACGACGGCUGCAGCAGCCAAGAUGGCAGCGUCGUGGCCCCCGAAUCUGCCAGAAGAUCAAGGAAGCUCUCAGGGAGCCGAGCUUGGGAGAGGGCUAAUGAGAGCGAUAGUGGAGAGGGAGGUUAUGAUGUGAUCUUGAUGACCGAUGUACAGUACUCAGUCACCCCAUUGAAGAAGCAGUAUGUUCUGAUUAAGAAGUGUCUGAGGCCACCAUACGGAGUGAUGUACUUGGCGACGAAGAGGAAUUACCAUGGUGGAUACAGCAAUGGAGCUAGGCAGCUGAGAGGUUUGGUGGAUGAAGAAGGCUUGUUUGGAGCUCAUCUGGUGAAGGAAGCUGCUGAUAGAGAUAUUUGGAAGUUCUUCCUCAAGUGAAGAAAAUUAUAUCACAAUACCAAGUAGAAGAAACAACUAUACAAAACUUCAUUGUUUGCAGGCUGGCUAACUGGUUAUCUCCAAAUUUCAGACUUCAUUCUUUUUGUUAUGUUCUUCAGCUAGAACAGUGUUAUCAAAUAUUAUACUGAAUGUAUAUUAGGAAUCACAAAGUAUAUAGUGAAAAUCCCCCACCCCCUUUUUUCACUACCAAAUCAAUGGAUUUGGAAUCCAGAAAAAAAGGGGUAUUGUGAUUCCCUCCCAUUGUGAUAAUUCCCUUUUGCUAGUUUUUUCAUUUGUGAAGUUUGCUUCAUGUUUGUAGAUUAAAAUUCAUUCAUUUUAAAAUAUAGAUUGCUAAAUCCAUUGGCUGGGCUACUGAUACUGAUAAUCUUGUAGUAAUCUUUCCAUAUCUUCAU